CCCCGGCCGGCUCCCGCUGCUCCGCCACGCCGCUCGGAGAUGCAAAUGAGUCUUCUGUUAAACUGAACCAUGAGUCUUGCAUUACAUGAUCUGCUCAUUUGUUGUCGUCGCCUUGAAAAUGAGAAAGCUGUGGAGCGAAGGAAAGAAAUUGAAAAUUUCAAGCGGCUUCUCCGUGAUUCUGAAACAGUUCUCCAGCUGGACCGGAAUUCUGAUUCUAAACAAGGAAAGCAACUCAACUGGGAUGCUGUAUUUAGUGUCUUGCAGAAAUAUUUCCAGAAAGAAAUGAAAAACCUGCAACUGACAAAACCAAAUGCGUCUGCUUCGACCCAAACUACCAGACAGAAAAAGAUGCAAGAAGUUGGAAGUUUGGUCAAAUAUUUCAUCAGAUGUGCUAAUAGAAGAGGACCCAGACUGAAAUGUCAGGAACUUCUGAUUUAUGUCCUGGAAAUUAUAAGAGAUCCAACAAGUUGUGCUGCUUACGGAUCUGACUGUAGUAGUAUACUCCUGAAAGAUAUCCUCUCAGUAAGGAAAUAUUGGUGUGAGAUAUCCCAGCAGCAGUGGUCAGAGUUGCUGAUCCUGUAUGGCCAAUUAUACCUCAGACCUUCUGGGAAGAUUAAUAGAGUCUUGGUGGCUAGGAUAAUUCACACACUUAUGAGGGGGUACUGCUUCCAAACUGAUGGAUUGAGUUCUGAUAUGUUUAUCUUCUUUUCAAAAGCAAUGCAGUAUGCAAGGCAGGAAAAGAAUACUGCAGGCCUGGAUCAUAUUGUUGGAGCAAUGAAUAUCUUCUGCAAUAAGUUUGCUGUCAACUGUCGCAUACGGAUUUGUAAAGUAGGGGAAGAAAUUUUGCCUACAGUGCUUUAUAUAUGGACUCAGUAUAGACCAAAGGAUUCUCUGAAGGAGUCAGUAAUUGAGUUAUUUCGCCUCCAAGUUCGUAUUCAUCAUCCAAAGGGUGCAAAAACUCAGGGAAAAGGUGCAUAUGACUCGACAAAAUGGCAGAGUAUCUUGCAUAACCUGUAUGAUCUGCUGGUGAAUGAAAUAAAUCUCAUCAGUAGUAGAAGAAAGUAUUCUUCAAGCUCACGUAAUAUUGCUUUAAAGGAAAAUAUGAUUGAGUUAAUGGCUGAUAUUUGUCAUCAGGUUUUUACAGAGGAUACCAAAGUUCUGGAAAUUACCCAGUCAUAUGAUGUUUCACAAAGAGAGUCCAGUGAUGAAACAGUACUAAGCAAGCGCAGAAGGAUUGAACUAGGCUGGGAGGUAAUUCGAGACAACCUUCAAAGAUCCCAAAAGGAUUUUGAUGUCAUACCUUGGUUACAGAUUACAGCUCAAUUGAUAUCGAAGUAUCCCAUGAGUCUUCCUAACAGUGAGCUACCUCCCUUACUCAAUGUACUUCACCAGUUACUGCCUCAGCAGCGCCGAGGAGAAAGGACCCCAUAUGUGCUGAAGUGUCUUACGGAGGUAGCUUUGUGUCAAACCCAGAAAACUGAUUUGAAAAGCACCCACAAAUUGGAGCUCCAGAGAAUCUGGGCAAAGAUUUGGUCUCUUACCAUUCGUAGCAUAAGUUUCCAGCAAAUUGAAGUGGAGAGCUUUGGGCUACUUGGAGCUAUGAUUCAAGGAAACCUUGUUGUAACAGAUAAAGAACUCUGGAAGAUAUUUUCAGGACCUGCAUGCAAGCCUUCAAGUUCUGCUGUAUGUUGUUUAUCAUUAGUGAUGUCUGCCUAUUCAGUGCCAGAAAAUUUGGACAUAGGAAUGGAACAGAGUAAUUGUGAAAGAAAUAUGGAUUCUGUGUUAAAGGAGGCAAUAAUGAAGUGGGUACUGUCCUGCUAUUUGGAGGAAGAAAUGGAAGAAUGUGCAGAGUUGCCUCCUGUGCUCUGCAGUGAUUUUCCUCAUCUUAUAUUACAAAAAAUUCUUGUGAGCCUUACAAUGAAGAACAGUAGAGCUGCCAUGAUUUUUUUCCAAAAUGAUGUUAAAUGUGUGCAACACUUGCAAGGGAGAGAAGAUGACGAUUUUUCUGACGUUGAAGAGCUGUAUCUGCAGACAACAUUUGAUGAAAUGGAUAUUUUCACUAACUUUGCAGUAAAUGUUGCAGAGAAAAAUGUGACUGGUUCAAGACUUGCCAUCAAUCAAAAUCUUAGGGAAACACUGGAGCACUGUCUCUUAGCAAUGUCAGAAAAGCUUUUAAGCAGCUAUGCUCCUAAGUUUAAGGUUGUCGCUGCAGAACACUUUGUCCGAUGCAUCAGUCUCUUGAUUGGUGUUCUUGGUUGCUAUUGCUACACUGGUAUAUUUAAAGAAGAGGAUGCCUUUAAAUCAGAGUUGUUUCAGAAUGCUAGGUCUCUCAUUCAUUAUGCCGGAGAAAGCAUUUCUCAGUCUAAAAACAAGCUAAAUGAAGAUGCCCAGAUCAGUUCACUGAGGACUUUGAUAAUACAGUGUACAAAAUGUUUAUGCAAUUGUACCAAGAACAGUGCUAAUAAGAUGCUGUCUAAUAUAUUCCUGCGUUUGUUAACAUCAAAAUUUAUGAAUGAUCUUGUAGAUAUUUGUAAAAAUCUGAUGACAUUUACUGGAAAAGCAAGUGAACUGGGAGAAGUGGAUCUAAUGGGAAAUGAUCCUGAAGAGAGUGUAAUGGAAGUAGAUAACCAAGUAUCUGAUGAUCUAUUUGAUGAUCAUUCAGUGACUGACAUCAGUGACUCAAAUGAAUCUGGUGAGAUGCAAAAUGUAACAGGUGCUUUGAGCCCAUUAGCUGAAGAACAGUUGACAAAGCAGGAUUUACUUCUCCUUGAAAUUCUGAGGUUCUUAUGUAUUUGUGUAACUACAGUCCAAGUUCAGAUGGUGAGCUUCCGAGCCUCUGAUAUACGGAGACAGCUGUUAAUGCUUACUGAUGGCAGUGUCUUUGAUAGUGCUAAGCCAUUGCAUCUGCACAUGUCCUUGGUCCUUUUGAAGGAGCUCCCUAUUGAAGAACACUUCUUGCCUGAAGACGAUGUUCUUAUGCUUCUUAGGCCUCUUUCUGCUGUGUGUUCUAUGUACCGUCGAGAUCAAGAAGUUUGCAAAGUAAUUCUAAAUAACUUGCUUCCUAUAGCAGUAGGGUUGGCCCAGUCCAGCGCACAUACUGAAGAGACAGGGGAUGCCCAAGGACAAUUUUCGACAGUUGUUGGAGCCUUUUGGCAUUUAGCUCAAGGAGGGAAAUGCACAGCACCAGUAAGAGUGGCCCUUUUAAACUGCAUGAAAGCCCUGCUUGAGGCUGAUCCUCAUUGCAAGUGGGUGAUCCUUAAUGUGGUAAAUGAAGAUCUACCUGUGAGUGGUGCUUUCCCACAUUUUCUUGCAGAUAGUCACCAUCAAGUUCGCAUUCUUGCUGCAAAGUCAAUUACCAGUUUGUUUCAAGAUGUGAAACACAAAGAUUCUUCUGGAAUGUCAAAACCUCUUCCCUUGAAGCUCCAGCAAAAGGCUUUUGAGAAUGCAUAUCUCAGAGUUCAGGAAGGAAUGAGAAAUCUGGUCAGGGGUGAUGCUGGUCCUGAAGAUCUUUUGGACAAACAGUGUAAUGGAAAAGCGGUUUUGCUGAUGCUUAUAACCAUGGUUCUGUGCUGCAGUCCAGUCUGUGAAAAGCAAGCGUUGUUUGCUAUUUGCCAGUCUGUGAAAGAGAAUGGAUUAGAACCUCACCUUGUCAAAAAGGUUUUGAAAAAAGUAUCUGCCAUAUUUGGCUAUAAAAGUAUAGAAGACUUCAUGACAUCACAUUUAGACUAUUUGGUGAUGGAGUGGCUGAAAAUAAAUGACAGUGGAUAUAGCCUGUCUGCUUUUCCUUAUGUUCUUCUGAACUAUACUAGCCUUGAGGAAUUCUACAGGUCUUGUUAUAAAGUUCUGGUUCCACACCUGGUGAUUAGAAGUCAAUUUGAAGAUGUGAAGUUACUUGCUGACAAGAUUGAAAAAGACUGGAGACAGGUUCUAGCAGACUGUUUUCCAAAGAUACUUGUGAAUAUCCUUCCGUAUUUUGCCUAUCAAAGCCAUGGAAAGAAUGAAGUAGCAGAGCAAAGAGAUAAGGCUUCUGAAGUCUUCGACAUGCUUAAGGAUGAAAAGUGCUUAGGAAAACAGCAAAUUGACAAUUUAUCUCAUAAUAACUUAUCAGAGAUUGUGGUUGAACUGUUGAUGACCUUACAUGAACCACCUGAUACCACAGUAGAAGAAGGACCUCAUCUAAGUAAAUAUAUAAGGGAACUAGAUCCUGCUCCUAAUCCUCCUCAUUUUCCAUCUUACGUGAUUAAGGCAGCCUUGGACUAUAUUAGCAACUGUCACAAAAGCAAAUUAAGAAGUCUUGUAGCAGUUCUUUCUAAAAGCCCUGAUUCAUUUCAGAAAAUCCUUCUAGCCCUUUGUAAUCAUGCAUCAGAUACAAACAACAUUUACAAGAAACACAGAGUUCUUAUAAUUUAUCACUUGUUUGUUAGUCUGUUACUUAAAGAGAUAAAAGAUGGUUUAGGAGGAGCAUGGGCUUUUGUCCUCCGAGAUGUAAUUUACACCCUGAUUCACCACAUCAACAGCAGACCUGUUAUUAUCAGAGAAAUAUCCAUGCGCAGCUUUUCACUCUGUUGUGAUCUUCUUCAUCAUGUUUGCCACACAGCGGUUACGUGUUGUAAUGAUGCUCUAGAGAGCCACCUUCCUGUUAUUGUAGGAACCCUAAUACCUCUUGCCAUGGACCAGCCUGAGAUUCAGGAACAGGUCCUAGGCUUGUUGAAGUAUCUGGUGAUAGAUAAUAAGGAUAAUGAAAAUCUGUACCAAGCAAUCAAAUGCUUAGAUCCUUUUCCUGAACAUCCUGCUUUUAAAGAUUUGCGAGCAACUCAACAGAAAAUAAAAUACAGUAAAGGACCAUAUUCUGUUUUGGAGGAAAUUAAUCACUUUCUCUCAGUUGGUGUUUGUGGUUCACUGCCCUUAACACGACUUGAAGGACUGUAUUAUUUACGCAAACAAUUGGAACAAUAUAAAGAUCAGAUGAAGGAUCUCCUGAAAAAUUUCCAGGAAAAGCCAGAAGAUUCUGUAGUAGUGAAACUGGUGGUGAGCUUACUGCAGCUGUCCAAGAUGGCAGUUAACCAUACAGGUGAAAAAGCAGUGCUGGAGGCUGUUGGAAGUUGCUUGGGAGAAAUUGGUCCCAUGGAUUUCUCCACCAUAGCUCUUCAGCGUGCUGAAAAUGCACUGGAUUCUAAAGCAGUGGACUUACUUGAAGAUAGAAAACUUCAGUGCGUCUUCAUAAUGUUAACUCAAAUAAAUAUUGCUUUAACAGAUAAUUGUAUUGACGUUAGAGCUGCUGCUGUUUCCUGUUUGAAAAACAUAUUAGCCACCAAGUCUGGCAAUGAAUUUUGGGAAGUUUAUAAAAAUAAAGCUGAUCCCAUGUUAAUCUAUCUACAGCCUUUCAGAAUGUCUAGGAAAACGUUUUUUGUAGUACCUGCUAAUGAUAUGGAGGCUCCUUUAGAAUCGUUGGAUGACACAAACCUGUGGAUUCCUCUGGGAGAAAGUCAUGAGACCUGGAUCAAGCGCCUAACUAGUUCAAUACUGGACAGUGGAGGUGUGCAAAAUGAAGUUCUCCAGUUAAUGAAGCCACUAUGUGAGGUGAAAACGGACUUGUGUCAAACUUUGCUUCCAUACCUGAUUCAUGAUAUCCUUCUCCAUGACUCAGAUGAAUCUUGGAGAAGUCUUUUGUCAGUUCAUAUCCAGAAGUUUUUUACAGCCUGUUGCAGAUUUGCCUCAUCUAGUAGAUCUACUACACCUCCAAAUUCUGAUUCAGAGCAAGAAACCCAUAAUUCUAGAAGUUUGGAUAAAGUAUCUCGACGAGCCAUGCUUGCUGUUGUAGAUUACUUAAGAAGACAAAAGAGAUCUGUUUCAGGUGCCGUUUUUGAUGACAGCUUCUGGCUAGAUCUGAAUUAUCUUGAGGUUGCUAUAGCAGCACAGUCUUGUGCUGCUCACUUCACAGCCUUGCUCUACACAGAAAUCUAUGCAGACAAGAUAAAUGUAGACAAACAGCAAGAAAGGUUUUCUUUUAAAGCAGCUAGGAGUUUGACAUUUGAAGAAGAAAGUCAAACAAGAACCGUUACUAUUUUGAAUGAAAAAAGUAAAGGAGAAACUGGCAUAAGUUUACAGGACCUUCUCAUGGACAUAUAUAGAAGCAUUGGAGAACCUGACAGUCUCUAUGGCUGUGGUGGAGGAAGAAUGUUACAGCCACUAGCACGGAUAAGAACGUAUGAGCAUGAAGCAGUAUGGGAGAAAGCCCUUGUAACAUAUGACAUUGAGGCAAGCCUUUCUCCAUCUACUCGCCAGGCAGGAAUAAUAGAGGCUUUGCAGAAUUUUGGGCUUUGCCACACUCUUUCCAUGUAUUUAAAAGGACUGGAACAUGAAAACACUGAGUGGUGUGCGGAACUACAGGAAAUACGCUACCAGGCAGCAUGGAGGAAUAUGCAGUGGGGCCACAUCUCUUCUGUCAAAGAUGAGACAGGAAGACCAGGGUACCAUGAAUCAUUGUAUGAUGCUCUUCAGUCUUUACGAGAUAAGGAAUUCUCUGCUUUCUAUGACAGUCUUAAAAAUGCCAGAGUGAAUGAAGUAGAAGAGCUCUGCAAAGGCAGUCUUGAGUCUGUUUAUUCAUUAUAUCCAACUCUUUGCAGACUACAGCUAAUUGGAGAGUUGGAAAAUAUAGGUCUGCUGUUCUCCAGAUCUGUUACGACUCAACAACUGAAUGAUAUUUAUUUGAAAUGGCAGAGACAGUCCCAGCUUCUUAAGGACAGUGACUUCUGUUUCCAGGAACCUAUCAUGGCUCUGCGCACUGUAAUUUUGGAGAUCUUGCUUGAAAAGGAGAAUGAAAAUACAAAAAGAGAAUGUAUUAAAGACAUCCUGACCAAACAUCUGGUGGAACUCUCUAGAUUGGCAAGAACGGCUAAAAAUACACAGCUUCCAGAAAGAGCUAUGUUUCAGAUCAAACAAUACAAUCCAACAGGAUAUGAAGUUUCUGAAUGGCAACUAGAAGAAGCCCAGGUUUUCUGGGCUAAAAAGGAAGAGAGUCUUGCACUGAAUAUUCUUAAAAGGAUGAUAAAAAAAUUAGAUGCAGAUUGGUUUCAGGUUGAGAAUGAUCCUCGUAUGAAAUUGAUGUACACAGAGUGUCUGAGGCUAUGUGGAAGCUGGUUAGCAGAAACAUGCUUGGAAAACCCUACAGUCAUCAUGCAGAAAUACUUGGAAAAGGCUGUGGAAAUUGCUGCAAGCCACAGUGGAGACAGCAGUGAUGAGCUGAAGAAAGGAAAGAUGAAGGCCUUCCUGUCUUUGGCUCGUUUCUCAGAUAAUCAGUACCAGCGAAUUGAGAAUUACAUGAAAUCUUCAGAGUUUGAAAAUAAGCAGGCAUUACUGAAGAAGGCCAAAGAGGAGGUUGGCCUCUUCAGGCAGCGUAGAUUUCAGGCAAAUAGGUAUACAGUGAAGGUUCAGCGAGAACUUGAACUGGAUGAAUGUGCCAUACGUGCUCUAACUGAGGAUCGUAAGCGUUUCUUGUGUAAAGCAGUGGAGAACUAUAUCAGCUGUUUACUAAGUGGAGAAGAAUAUGAUAUGUGGAUCUUCCGACUCUGUUCUCUAUGGCUUGAAAAUUCUGGAGUUGAUAGAGUCAAUGAAAUGAUGAAGAAAAAUGCAGAGAAGAUUCCUUCAUAUAAGUUUUUGCCUCUGAUGUACCAGCUGGCUGCUCGGAUGGGAACCAAGAGGAUGGGUGGUUUAGGAUUUCAUGAAGUUCUGAAUAAUCUAAUGUCUAGAAUUUCAAUGGAUCAUCCACAUCAUACUUUGUUUAUAAUAUUAGCUUUGGCAAAUGCUAACAAAGAUGAACUCCUCACAAAACCAGAUGCAAUAAGAAGAAAUAAGUUAAUUAAAAAUGCACCGAAAGAAAUCUCCCAGCUUGAUGUGGACAGAAUGGAGGCUGCUAGCAAUAUAAUCAGUAUCAUAAGAAAAAGGAAAGCUCAUAUGGUUAGAGGCGUUGAAGCACUUUGUGAUGCUUACAUCACAUUAGCAAAUGUAGAUGCUACUCCAUGGAAAUCUCAAAGAAAAGGAAUAAGUAUUCCAGCUGACCAGCCAAUUAUUAAACUGAAGAACUUGGAUGAUGUUGUUGUUCCUACCAUGGAAAUUAAGGUGGAUCCCACAGGACGCUAUGAAAAUUUGGUGACAAUAAGGUCUUUUAAGCCAGAAUUUCGGUUAGCAGGAGGCCUGAAUCUGCCUAAAAUAAUAGAUUGUGUAGGGUCAGAUGGUAAAGAAAGGAGGCAGCUGGUAAAGGGGCGUGAUGACCUGAGACAAGAUGCUGUUAUGCAGCAGGUUUUCCAGAUGUGCAAUACAUUGCUCCAGCAAAACACUGAAACACGAAAGAGAAAAUUAACAAUCCGAAGAUACAAGGUGGUUCCCCUUUCUCAGAGAAGUGGUGUUCUUGAGUGGUGCUCGGGAACAACUCCCAUUGGGGAGUUUCUUGUGAAUGUCAACGAGGGAGCUCACAAGAGAUACAGGCCAAAAGAUUAUUCCAGUUAUCAGUGUCAGGAAAUAAUGAUGGGUGCACAAAAGGAACAUUCUGAAGAGAAAUACAACCUCUUUGUGAAAGUCUGCGAGAACUUUCAGCCUGUGUUUCGUUAUUUCUGCAUGGAAAAAUUCCUGGAUCCAGCUGUGUGGUUUGAAAAACGGUUGGCGUACACUCGCAGUGUGGCCACAUCUUCUAUAGUUGGCUACAUUCUUGGACUUGGAGACAGACAUGUUCAGAAUAUCUUGAUAGAUGAACAAACGGCAGAACUAGUGCAUAUAGAUCUGGGGGUUGCUUUUGAGCAAGGUAAAAUCCUUCCCACACCAGAGACUGUUCCAUUUAGAUUAACCAGGGACAUUGUGGAUGGAAUGGGUAUUACUGGCGUGGAAGGAGUCUUCAGAAGAUGCUGUGAGAAAACAAUGACUGUUAUGAGAAAUUCUCAAGAAGCUUUGCUGACUAUUGUAGAGGUGCUGCUAUAUGAUCCUCUUUUCGACUGGACCAUGAACCCCUUGAAAGCUUUGUAUUUGCAGCAGAGACCGGAGGAUGAGGCUGACAUGAGCUCUACACCCAAUACUGAUCCACAGGAAUGUAAAAGGAAAGCCAGCAAUGAUGACCAGAGUUUUAACAAAGUGGCUGAGCGUGUUCUGAUGAGACUUCAGGAGAAGCUGAAAGGUGUUGAGGAGGGAACAGUGCUUAGUGUGGGAGGCCAGGUGAACCUUCUCAUACAGCAGGCCAUGGACCCUAAAAAUCUAAGCCAGCUCUUUCCUGGAUGGAAACCCUGGGUGUGACUUGGAAGGAUCCAACACGUUUUUAGAAGAAACCUAUUUUUAUGCACCAAGUGUCUUAACAUUUCACAUUGGUAUUUUACAAUUAAAACUUGUAUCAGGAGUAACCAUGAAGGCUUAUACGUAUUAGGAUUCAGUGGAUGUUUGGGGUUUUGGUUUUUUUUCAAUAACCUAUUAGUGUGAAAAUUUUUUUUUUUUGGUCCACUUAUGUUCACCAUACAGUAUAAAACACCAGCCAGUGCUUUGAUGUUCCUUGUGACCUGCAAACUUUUCUUGGGCAUACUGGAUGCUUUAUAUUCUUAAAGCCUGAGAUUCAUCACUUUUGUGUAGUGACUGUGUAGAAUGGAUGGUCUGAAACAAAAGAGUCAUGAAAUAACUAGCUAAAGUGCAUUUCAAAAGGGGGGUUAUACUUUAAAGAUAAUGCUACAGUGAAUAUAAAAGAAAACCAGAGAACCUCAUGUUUAACGAACUGAGGAUUCUUGGGUUGUUUUUUAGCUUAGUUAAAUGGACAGUUCUUUAUAUAGAUACAGACUUUGAGCCAAGUAUAAUACGGCUGCUUUUUUUCCUGUUGUAAAUGAAAUUAUGUUGGUACUUUAUAACAUUACUUUAAUAGUACAAAACAAUUUAAAAUAUUUAGCUUUUGUAGCUCAGACUUCCUUGAUGAAAUAGACUGACUAUAUAAUGGAGUUUAGCAUACCAGAUAUGCCUCUAAAGCAAACAGUCAUUCUUUAUCUGGAAUAAACACCUAUCAUAAACAUUGUACUUGUAUUUUGAGCACAAAAAUUUCAUUCUGAUUGCACACAGUUUUGCAGAAGACAUUGUUCCUUCUGAAAUAAAAAGACCUACUGUAAUUGAAUAGUCAAUGAAUAUGGAUAAUAAGAGAAUCCACUCAAAUAACAGUCUCACUGGUAUAUUUAAUAAAUCUUCCCAAAUCAUAUUCAUAUUUAAAAUAUGAAUAAAAUUUGGCAUACUCUCACAUUAUCUUAGUUUACACUUUAUGCAUUUUUAUAGCAGUAUAAGUGAAGAAUUUCUGUUCUAACUAACAUUUCAUUGAUUUUUAUUUGUACAGUGUUCGCACAAUUUUUAUGCUGUAUCUUUGGUUUUUAAGUUAAUGUCAACAUGGCAAGAUGGUUCUUUUGUGUUGCAUUUUCACGAAGCUGACAUAAAUGUCUAUUGAUCCUUGGAACCAAAAGCGCAUCCUGGCUUUUCUGUGGGGAAGAACUCUCAUCCAGGGAUAAAGGGAUUUGUUCUCUGAAAAUGACACUUACCUGACAGAGCACACACUCUGUAUGUGAAUUUUAAAUGACACUUUAGGAAAGGGAGAAUAGUGCUACCAAGCAAUUACAGAAUGGCAGGUAGGAAAGAACUAAACAAAAAGCACUUAAGUUUUUACUUUUAAACAUAAAUUUAAAAAUCGAGUAGCAUUUCUGGAAUUUUUUCUCAUGCUUCCUAUGGAGGAAAUUCUUUAGGCAUUUUGGGGGUUAUUUAAUACUAGAACUCUAGCUAAUCAUAUAAAUGAAUAUUGCAUAAAAGCCCUUGGCAGAUCCUGUCCUUCCUUCAUGAGCUACUGAUGUUCCACUUGGAUACUUUCAUCUUGCUCGGCUGCAAUUUAGGGUUUUUUACUUACAGCCAACAGUGAAAUCAUUAAUAUUGAUACAGUUUUCUCAGGAAAGUCUAGCUUCAGAGGAAAGAAUUUAAUUAUUCCUCUGCAAUGCUGUUAACUUGGUGUUUAGUGCCUAUAUUUUGAAUGUCCAUACACUUUAAUUGUUCAAGCUGAAUGAAAUGCAAAUAAAAAAUGCAUUAAAUAUUGUAAAUGUAAUUGAAACCUGCUUACAUUAUUUGUAAGUUCCUGUACCAGUGAAACACCAGUUAGCUGACAAACAUGAAAACAGUUUGAGUUACUAACAAACCUUAGAGU